AUGGACACACUCGCGGUUCAGCCAAAUACCGGCGACGAGAUUGCCCGUCAACGUCAGGACCGACUGGCCACAGAAAAAGAGGUGGCUCGUCUCUCCAACGUUCUGCAGUCGCUGACACGCUCAGCUUUGCCGCUCGGCAAACUGAUGGACUUUAUUCAGGAAGACCUGGAGGCAAUGCAAGCCGAACAUGAGCGUUGGCAAGCUGAAGAGAAACGGCUGAGGUCACAGCUACAGACUGAAACCAGGUAUUAUAGUUAUUAA